GCAGAACCGGCGCUUCAGUCAACGUCUCCUGCGCCAUGGCGCUGAGUGGGGGCUGGUGGGGCCGGGCGGUGGCGCGGGCGAGAGGGGCCGGCCGGCUCCUGAGGGGCGAGGCCUGGCCCUGGAGGGCCCGGCCGGCUAGGUACAUCUCGGGGCGGGGGCCGGGACCCCCCGCCGCGAGCGAGCUGGACAAGGCGGACGCCUGGCUCCUCAGGAAGGCUCACGAGACCGGGUUCCUUUCCUGGUUUCGGAAUGGUUUACUGGCUACCGGUGUUGGGGUGAUCUCUUAUGUUCAGAGCGACAUGGGGCGUGAAGCUGCGUAUGGCUUCUUCAUCCUCGGAGGAAUCUGCGUCUCAUACGGCAGCGCUUCCUACCUCGUCAGCCUCUUCCUCCUCCGCCGCACCAUGAUGCUGUCCUUCUCCACGGCCCUCCUCAACUGCGCCGCAGUCACAACUGUGGCACUUUUCUGGCUGUGCGCCAUCUCCCUCUACAUCGGCCGUUUAGAGGUGGAGAUCAUUCAGGACGAUGGCAACGACAAAUGCCAGGAUAAGAAAAAGGAGGACGGGAAGUCCGAUAAGUGAGCCGUAAACUGGCAGUUGCGGACAGUCCCUCAAAACGUGCUUCCAUCGCCCUUGGCGGCCCGACUCUCGAGGCCCACUCCCAGGGCACGCUCAGGCCCUUCUGCCUGCUGAGCCAAAAGGCAAGGGAGGGAGGGAGGCUUGCCAGUGAGACACACGAACAUGUUGGCUGCUUUGUAUUUAUUUCAGAUUUUCCUGAUGGGUCUCUGGGAGUUGGCGGUGGGAAAGACAGCGAUUCACGGGAUGCCCUGCCGAGCUGGCCUUCCAGUGCUCUUGCUAAACUGGGACCUCUGGCACUUUUUAACAAAUGAGCAUUAUGGUGAAAUAGUUUCCCCUCCCCUGCCCGAUUCAACCAGGUCUCCCAAGUUCAAAAGCCACAUUCAACUAGAAACAACUUGGAAACGAUCUCUCCCGUCAGCUUCCUCUCUGGGGCUCGAGUCGCCACUGCUCUUUCCAUUGUUGCUUAUGCUCCAAAAUUAUCAUAUCGUAUCCAAAGUGUAUCUUUUCUUUUUUUUUUGCCACUGGGUAACCUAUUCAGUUAACAUUUGUAUUAAAGACUACCCA